UUUGAUUCUCAUUUUAAUGUUAUGUUAUUAUUAUAAUUGCGAAUCUUAUUUACUUUUUCAUCUCUCAUUUUCUUAAUUGUAAAUCUAAUUUAGUUUACUAAUUAUCCACAUUCUGAUGCAGUUAUAGUGGUUUUUGGAUAGAUAAAGAAAUGGAUAAAUCUUUAUUGUUAAGUGGUGAACAAUUAUUGGAAUUAAAGUAUUCUGCCCAUGAAGAAUUCGCGGGUGAAGAUGAUAGUGACUUAUACCUCGAAGAAAGAGAAGAAGCCAUGAGAGUAACAGAAGCCGAGAAACGAAAACUUCAAAUGACAGUACCAGGAAUCAUCAAUCCUCAUGAACUACCUGAGGAAAUGUUCAACUCGAGUAAUUUGUCAAUCAAACGAGAAGAGAUUCCAUCUCCUGGUGUAAUGGUGACAAUUGAACAGGAAGUUAAUCGGCAACUUGAAGAUCGGUUUGAAUUACUUGGAAGAGAUCGAGUGAGAUCUUCUAAUGAAAUGGGAUUAGCUGAAUGGAUUCCCGAAAGUAAAUCAAGUAAAGUGAUUAGUACAAAGAAACGAUCUCCAUGGAUGGGAUUUAUGGAAAACAAUCAACUAAUGUAUUCACCUGAAGAGACAAUUUUCCUGAUGGAAUGUGAAUCUAUUCUAGUUAACUACAUGGGAGCUCAAUUAAGCCUUCAAAGUGCAUACCAAUUAAUUUUAUCGAACAAUCAACUUGGAAGAAAUUACCAAAUUUACUCUUAUUUAACUCGUUUAGGAUUCAAACUUAAAUCAUUUAAAUGUGAUGAUAAAAAAUCACUUACAAAGGAUCAAUCCAAUUCUAGUCUUGAUGUUAAGACAAUCACAGAUCAUUUGAAUGAAAAGAUCAAUCGACUUACAUACAAACCAAGUUGCAGAUCAAAUUUUAACAAUCUACAAGUGGUCGUUACUCCACUUCGAAGGCCAAUGUUUCUAAAUGGGACAAGUUUCGCUAAAACGGCAAAUUGGUCAGAGUACAAACGAUUAAUGGAACCGAGAGAAAAUUCAUCAAUCAUAUUCGAUGAAGAAUCAACCGUAUUAGAGCUUAAUGAUGACCUUCGUUCUAAGGAAAAUAUCUUGGACCAAUUACCGAAUUCAAGUUUAAUCGACCACAACAAUGGCCUUAAACCGCUAAUUGAUCAGACAAAAAUUAUCGACAUUAAUAAGUUACAUGAGAUAAUUAAAAUCGCCGGACCUCAAGAGCAAAAUCUUCAUCAACUGUUACCAUCAUCUAAAUGCAAACUUGAGAUAAAUUAUCAAGUUUUCAUGGGAAAUGUUAAAAAUUUCAAUUCAACUAAACCAGACAAUUGUUUAAUCAUCACUAAUGAACAAUUUACUCCGAUGAUCCAAGAAUUAAUUUCUCUGGAUGAAAACUGUAACGAAUCGACUCCAAUUUUUGCCGUCAACUCACAUUCGGAAUUUAAUUUCAAUACAUUGCAACAUUUUCACCUCUGGGAAGAGAUUCCAACCUUUUGGGAUUCGAGUUUAAAUCAUUGAAUUAAGUUAGCGAAAAAUUUUAACGAAAACUGAAAAAUUUGAUCAACAAUCAAUCUUCAAAUUAAAAGGACUAACAAUUAAGCCGAGAAAAUGGUAGAAUAAAUAAAUCUUAUUAAUA